GUACCCAAACAAAACACCCACAAAUGACUAACAUUAUCCUCCCAGUACAAUAGCAGUAAUAGCAAAGCAGAGAGUUUCUUGCAGCAUAAAAGUAUAUUCAAGAAUCAGAGAAGAGUGGAAGAUAAACUCAGAGAUACAGAGUUUCAAGAAUCCCCCCAAAAAUGGCUACAACUAUUACAGCAACGAUAGGAGGACUGGCAGUGGGCUCACAGGCAGUCAUGGCUGCAAAUAGGCCACUCGUCAAGGCUUCCAUGAAAGCAGUGGGUUCAGAGCUGGGCUUUGUAACUUCCCAGUUGAAUGGCAUCAAGAUUUCUUGCGAUCCCAAUCAGUUUAAGCUGCCUUCAACAGCCCUUUCUGUUCCUUUUAGGCCUUCUCUUCAGCCUGUGGCAAAGAGAGUGUGUCCCUUAACAGGAAAGAAAUCCAACAAGGCAAACAAGGUAUCUCAUUCAAACCACAAGACAAAGAGAUUACAGUUCGUGAAUCUGCAGUACAAAAGAGUUUGGUGGGAGGCUGGGAAACGCUAUGUUAAACUUCGCUUGUCAACUAAAGCUAUGAAGACAAUAGAGAAAAAUGGAUUGGAUGCUGUUGCCAAGAAGGCGGGGAUCAAUCUUAGCAAGGAAUAAGGUUAAAACAGGAUUGUAAUGUUGUCCUAGCAUUUUCAGUGCUAAACAUUGAUAUUCCGUGAAGCAGUGGAAAAUCCAAUCCAACUUAUUGCAUUUUUUUGACAUGUUUUGCUUCCCCACAUGACCAAAGAAAAUGUUUGCCAAAUUUGGAGAGUGCAGUAUGGCUCAUGACAAAAGUCGAUACAAGUUUUA